UAAUAUUCAAAAAGAUAAUUACAUGAACAAAUAAGAUCAAAACUGAUAGUUUAUGGUUACGGUGUGGCGAACAGGGUUUAUAUACGGUCGGAUCAGCAGAUGCAUGGUAAGCAAUGAGGGCACAAGCGUUGAGAAUUGAGAUGCUGGUGUUGUGGCUGACGAUCAUGGUGCGGCGUCUUACGAAGAGGAAAUCGACUUAUUUCCUGGAAUUGCGUCGGCGAGAGUUACUCCCUUUUAAAAGGUUAAGAUCCUGAUUCUUAAGGCACAAAACCAGUGCUAGUAGAAAUGAAAGCGCUUGAACUGUUUCCGGACUGUGUAAACCCCUCUGGAUUCAAAUCCUGGAAUUUCAAGUUCUAGAAAACCUUCCAUAGAUGUAGUUAUAUACGAUGAAUUCGACAGCUCUUUUAGAAUUGGUAGGUUUGAAUUCUGUAUUUUGCCACUUACCGCAUUCUGGGUGCGGAUCUGAUUGCAUUUUCAUACUAAAAGUAAGAAACAUAUGAAGAAGAAGGAUUAGGAGAAGCCGUUGAUGGUUUCAUUGUGAUUUCGAAUUCGGUGACUUUUGUCAUCAACAAUUGAUGUUUUCAUGGGGUAGCUCAUAAUGAAUGUAACAUAUACAUAGGGUUUUCAGGGUUUGCAGAUUUCCAAAUCUUAUUGCUUUCACUUGUAAUUAUCCUCUUAAGAGGUGAGAAGUUUCUAUUUAGAAAACAGUGCUUUUGCUUGUUUCUCUCUCUUCAUUUUUAGUCCUAAUUUAAGAUAAGAUGUUAUCUGACUUAAAUGCAUGUUAUGAAGAAGAGUUCCAUUUGCUUUGUAUAUAGGAUAUCAUCAUCAUUUUGUGUUUUUAACAUCAAAGAGGUGGUUUUGCUUUCAAGUAAGUUUCUAUUUAGGUAUUUGUAUUAUUAGUUGAUAACAAUAAUUAUAUUAUCUAGUAUAAGGACUUGAUAGAAAGUGUUAAAUGUGCUCAUUCCGUCAAUUGUUUCCUAUUCAACUUGGGUUAAGUAGGUAUGCUAUCCAGGUGGUUUGAUAUGAGAUGGAGGUUUAGUUCUUUAUGGUGAUUAUUAUGAGAUGUCAUGUGAUAAUUCAAUGAAAUUAGAUAGGAAACUUAAGUGUGGAGUCUUGAAUUGUAAAAUUGAUUAUGGUGGUAGUAAUUUGGGGCGUGUAGUAAAAUCAUUAAAUGUUAAGUUCAAGAAAUCGAGGGUUUGUUUUGGAAUUAGAACGGACAUUGUGGCCAUAGGUGAGUGGUUCGAAUCACGGGAAGAACCUCUUCAUGUUUCACACAAAGAUUUCUUGAAAAGUGAAGGACCCUUGGUGCAACGUGUCACUCUGUGAUUGGUUGUGAUGACAAGGCCUUGAAAGGAGUUGUUUGGUAUCGGUAUACAACAUGAAAUGUGAGGGCUUUAAACUACUUAGCAAUUUGAGAAACAGAGAAAGAUUCAUGGAGAAGGAGAAGGAGAAGCAAUUCAAUGUGGGAGAUUUGGUUUGGGUGAAAGUUAAUUGUUACCCUUGGUGGCCUAGCAUCAUUUACGAUGAAGCCCUAACAAGUAGUCACGUUCAACAAGCAAAGAAAGAAGGUUUGAUGCUUGUUUCAUUUUUUGGCGAUAAUUCCUAUAACUGGUUAGAUCCAAAGAAACUCCUUCAUUUUGAAUCGAAUUUUAGCCUGUAUUCAAAUCGAUCUAGUUCUCGUUUAUUCUUGAAAGCCCUGAAUGAAGCAGUUUACGAGAUCAAUCACAGAGCUGCUCUAGGAUUGACUUGUCCUUGCCAAUUUUUUUCAUCCUAUAGACCUGCAUUUGUAAAAGGUUUUCUAGAAGUUGAUAUUGAUGGAUAUAGCACCGGAGGGGUUUAUUCAGUUCAACAGAUUAAAGGGUUCAGACAAGAAUUCAAAUCACUUCAAACGCUUUCAUUUAUCCAGCAAUUGGCUUUGGAUCCCACAAAUGUGCAUCAGGAUCCUAGCAUUUCAAAGGAGGUAGCUAGAGUUCUUGCUUUUCGUAAAGCAAAAUAUGCAGAGGUUGAUGAACCUUAUUUUCUUGCAUUUGGGGUGCAUCCUCAACGACUGGUGGAUCCUAGCAUCACCUCAAAUCAACAGGAGACAGCUUUACUUCAAGCUCCAGCUGAUGAUGAGAAAAAGCCUACAGUCAAACUCCAAAAGAAAAAGAAAAGACGCCUUGCAACCCCAAAACCAAAUGCUACUAAAACAAGUCACAAGGUGAAAAGGAAUCUGCAUCAUGAUUCUCAAGAUGAUGUUUCCGAGAAGAAGAGACAGGUGAAGGUUGAGAUUAUUAAUAAAAAUCUGGAUAUCAUUUCCACCACCACCAGUGAUGAUAAGCAGCAAGAUGAACCUCAACCUCAACCUCAACCUGAGGCCACAACCACAACCACAACCACAAUCACAACCACAACCACAACCACAACCACAAAAUGUGUGCCAUUGAAGAAGAGGCAGAGAAGGAGAUCAGUCAGCAGUAUAGGGGGUCCGAAAUUGGCUUUGGUGUUAUCUUCUGAAAGAGAAAGAAAGAAGGAAGAGAAGAGUGGCAUUAGCAUAGUAGAAAAGGGGCCGAAAAUGGUCCUAUCAAUGAAGUUCCCUCCGGAUUCUGCCCUACCAUCAGUUUCAGAACUGAAAGCCAAGUUUGCUAAAUUUGGGCCAAUGGACUUAUCAGGUGUUCGUGUCAGUUAUCUCAAAGCAAGAUGCCAGGUGGUCUUUAUGAACAAGUCUGAUGCUCAGAAAGCCUACGAGCAUGUGGUCAAGUUCAAGAAUAUGUUUGGUCAAACUCAUGUCUCCUACAGAUUACAUCCUUUUGCCAACAGCAUAAAAGAAGGCAGCAAGGAAACUGCUCCUGUCAUCUCUUCACAUAUGCAGCAGCAGGUGAAUCAAGAAACAACGUAUGCAAACAAGUAUCAGAAAGCAGCAGCAGGAGCAGAGGUGAGCCAAGGAAGUGUUGACAUUUCUGAGAAGAUGAUAUAUCUGCUUAAUGAAUGCAGCCGUAUUGUGUUUGAACAUGAAGCAAUUUUAGCUACUCAAAAACUUUUGGAUCUAAAUUAACAAAGGUUUAUGUGGUUUAUUUAGUCUUCAAGAUAUGACGUUAGUAAUAGUAAAUAACUAAAUACUCAUCUUUUAAUAUGUAUGGGAAUCCGUGAUUGAUGAUUAUAGCUAGCUUGGCUGUUUAAUGAAACAAAUGUUAAUUCACCAAAUUACUUCUCUAUAGAAGAAGCUGGUUUUAAGUUAUCACUUUAAAUUACAUUUGUAUAUUUAAGACUACCAAGCAUCUUUCAUGUUUUGAUGCUUCGUUUCAAUUAUUCGAAAC